AUGCCAUUGAUCCAGCAGAGGUCGCCAGACCCGCAAUCGGAGUGGUCGCCCGUCGUGCAAACGACAACUGCGCAGACUGAGUGGGAAAGCUGGACGAGCGUCUCGCAGCAGGUCUGGAGCACAUCGACUCCCGCGCAAGAAUGGACCACAUCAUCCUAUGAAGAAUGGGCGACGAGUUGGUCGACACAAUCUGGAUGGAUUACGAGCUAUACCGCGACGACGGACUGUGCCUGUGAAUGGGUAGUUACGUCUUCCUCAUCGUGGUGUCCGACGCCUAUCGUUGUCACCCCUACCACGACCAGCUUGAUUCCUAUCGAAACGACGCCCGCGGGUGUCAUUGUCGUCGAUGACCACGACCAUCAGGGCCUGGCCCCCGGCGUUGUGGGCGGCAUUGUGCUCGGCGCCUUCUUCGGCGUUCUCUUACUCGUCCUUCUAUGUAUCUGCUGGUUCCGCAGCUACCGGCCCCGACGAUACUAUGCGGGAUCCUCGUCCUCCUCCUCGUCAUCGUCCAGUCACUCGCGGCGGCGCAAACCGCCUGUGGUUGUCAUCGACCCUUACCCCCGCAGACCUGCGGCAAAUCUCACUUUUGUCGGCGGAGGAAACUACCCGGGAACGCGGGUCAUGGUCACAAAGACGCAAAAGACCUUUGUCAGACCACCGCCUGUCAGGCAGGUCAGAACUGUGAGGCAUACGAGGAGGGCGCAGAAGAUCGUGGUCGUGGAAGACUGA